UCGCAUCGAGUUGGUGUAGUUGCCUGCUAGCUGCUGCAGCUCAUGUCUUGUGAGAUGUAGAACUAGUAAUUUGAUCCGUAAUUUGGCAUUGCUGUACUUCACGUUGAUAGCAAUGGAUGGAAUGAGCGACGAAGCGAGGAAAGAUGGGAUUCGUAGUUUUAAGAAGUAGCCCCUUUAGGAGCUCGUGCACACGGAACUUCGCAGAAGUGUCUGUCGUCAGGUUAAUGUUGGUGCAUGCAUGAUCGUUAGUGAAAUGUAGGCCUACGCGACGGUGUCUGGGCGAGCUACAGCUGUUUCCAGCUGAAGCUGUGGAGGCAGCGCAACCAUCUUAACCUUCCAAGAUGAACAUAAUGCGCAAGCUGCUGGUGGGCCACCAGGGCCGAGCUGCGGGCGCCGCCGAGGAUGGAGCACAGAGUUCGCAGCACACGGCUCUGGGCUUGAUGCAUCUGCACAAGCUCUUUGCUGAGCUCUCGCACCCUACCCACCCGCUCACCCAGCAACAACAAGAGCAGCAACUCUACAACAUGCUCCCUCUUUUCUGCAAGGUAUUUGAGAACAGCCCUGCUGCGGAUAUUAUUGACAAAUUCAGCGAUGUGCUAGCAUUCUCCAAGCUAGUUUCCAAACUCAUGGUUUCUGAGAUACGGAGACGGGCUUCAAAUCAAAGUACAGAGAGUGCGAGCAGUGCCAUUGCACAAUUCCUGGAAAUCGAGAGCACAGAGGAGCAGAGCCGUGGUUGGAUGCUGCUGGCCACUAUGAACCUGCUGGCCAGUGGUGGGGCCCCACUGGUGGAGGUGAUGACCUCGAGCGCAUUGCCGUCUACGUUGGUCAAGUGCCUCUAUCUGUUCUUCGACCUGCCACAACUGCGUGACCCUGACCGGCUGGAGCCCCACUGCGAGUUCACACCUCGUGAGCGCCGGAUUCUGCUCCAAAAGGUGUUCGUUCAGGUCUUAGUGCGCCUGUGCAGCCACCCUGCUCCUGCAGAAGAGUUGGCACGGAAGGAUGACCUGACGCUGCUUUUCAGCGCCAUUACCACCUGGUGUCCACUGUACAACAAUGUGUGGCGCAAGAGUGCCUCUGAAGUGCUCAUGACACUGUCUCGACAUGGUCUCACCGCUCCUGUUGUCAAUUACAUUCACAGCAAAGGUUGUGUGGCACUGUGUGUAGAAAAUGUGCAGCGUGUGCAAGAACUUUCCCCAUUAGAAGUUGUAGAAAUGUUCGUCACCAUUUUCUGCUUCCUGAAGGAUUCAAGUGAAGUUUCGCAGCUGCUUCUUGAUGACUUCCGAUCUUGCCAAGGAUAUGUGUUCCUCUCCGAAUUUCUUCUAAGACUGGAGCAAAAUAGCUCUCAGGAGGCUUGUGAAGCACUGAGAAACCUUGCUGUACUAAUGACAUCGCUCACCACUUGUGGCUACUAUGAGUUGAAGCCUAGCCAAGCCAGCACAGGUUCACUUUUCCAAAUCCCUGGUUUUACAUUACCACAGCCGUCUGGCAAAGGAACAAGCGUCAGAAAUAUUCAAGCAUUCCAAGUGCUUCAGACUGUUUUUCCAAAAGCUCAGACCGUGCACUUGUCAUCCCUGCUUCUUGAUGCCAUCAGCACCAUCUAUCAUUCGGACAAAGCAAAUUACUUCAUUCUCGAAUCCAGCCAUCCAUUGUCGCACUUUUCAGAGAAGAUUCAUCUGAAAACUUCAGAAAUACAGGAAAAGUUCUUCAAGCUUCUGGAGUUCAUUGUCAUGGAUCUAAAAUUUGUUCCUUGCAAAGAACUAAUCAGCCUUAGCAUCCUUCUGAAAACCAACAGCUCUGUGUCCUGUUCCAUUAUAUGCCUGCAUACACUGGCCAACAUCCUGCAAUAUAACGCUGUAUUCAAGGACGUUUAUCGCGAAGUAGGACUGCUGGAAGUCCUAGUCACAUGCCUGCAUCGCUAUGCAACUGUGCUCAAGGAGGCCUUUCCCGAUGGCGCUGCAGAACCUGUUGCAAAAGUUCCUAUCCCUGAUGAACAGCAACAAAUGGGUUCUCUGGUCAUGGAGACUCUCACAGUUCUCUUGAAUGGCAAUUCAAACAAUGCAAGUGUGUUCCGCGAAUGUGGUGGUGCCCGGUGUGCCCACAACUUGGUGCCAUACCGGCUGUGCCGACAGCAAGCACUGGCUGUGGUGCAGCAGCUGGUACUGAGCAAUGGUGGGGACGAUGACAUGGGCACCCUGCUGGGGCUCAUGCAUACCGCACCACCGCUGGCUCUUGACCUCAAGAACCACAUUCUAAAGUCGCUUCUGUAUGUGCUUCGGGAGAGCCAUCGAACCCGAACUGUUUUUCGGAAAGUUGGCGGCUUUGUCUACGUUAUGUCAGUCCUUGUUUCUAUGGAAGGAUGCCUGGCUGAUCCUCCAAGAGAGCCAUGGAACACAGUUGAGAAAAAGCAAAUAAUUUCCCUUCUGCGGACCGUAUUUAGCAGCAUGACUGUUGCCAUGCGGUAUGAACCAGCCAAUGCCAAGUUCUUCGCCACAGAGAUCUGUCAAACAAGCCUUGCUGACACGGUGAGACUGCUCGGCUGUUUUACAAACAACAUGGACAUUUGUCCUGUCAACACUAGCUUCGUGCCAAUGGAAGAAAACCUAUUUCAUGCUGUGUUUACUGGCCAAAAUGAUUCCAGUGUCUCUUCAAGUACAGUAUUGACUACUACUGUUCAAUGCAGUUUUGACCUGACCAAGGUACCAACAUCUCUCAUCUCAGCCUUGGUGGUUAUUCGGUUGUUGUAUGACAUGGCCCUUGACUCUUUUGACAAGCCGAUGGCCUUGACCAAGUUGGUUACCUGCCCUCCAACCCUGCAUUGUACGGUGGAAGUUCCCAAGAAGCCAUCUGAGACCACAGGCAAGGGCAGCCCUCAGGCCAAGAAGCCUGUGCUGGCCACACUCAACCUUUCAGCACCAAGCCCAGACCCCCUCAUUGUACACCCGGGAGUGGUUGUGGCCAUGUUACACCUUGUCCCUUCCAUCGCCGAUGGCAAUGAUUCCCAGUGGUUGCAGAUAGAGCUGACGCUGCAGCUGUACCUGGCAGAGGUGCUGCGGUCACUGGUGCGUUCAGAGCGCAACCAACAGGUUAUGUGUGAGGCUGGCCUGCCUGGGGAGAUGCUGCAGCGCUGUCGGCCUGCCCUUGAAGAUGAGCAGCAUCCGCUCCACCUGCCCCUGCAGUACAUGCUCGAGCGCCUUGCAGCACAGGCACUUGAGCCGAGGGACCUCCGCUCAUUUCUGCGACUUGGCUCUCCGUUAUGCUGCAACACAUAUGAUGUGGGCAGUGAGUACAAGCGACGGACUGGAGACAGUGUCUGCCUAGCACGAGCCCAGUCGACACGGCCACCCAACCAGAAGGAUGGAGGGCCAGUUCCCUUGACCCGCAUCAAGACUCUGGUCUCCAUGACCACGCCUCGGGACUGUCGACUGCACGGCACACUGCUCACGCCUCCCUUUGUUGAGUUUGAGAUGGCCCCUGAGGGCUUCAGCUGCCUCUACCUGAGCAGCGUGGCUCCACAGAGUGCUUCAGGUGGCCCACCCAUGGUGGGUGUCUCCAUGGUGGGCGGCGCACCCGAGGGUGUCAUCGGAGGCAUAGGCACAGGCGAUCGAGUAUUUCCUCCGCAGCCUGGGCUUUCAUUCUCCACAUGGCUGAGUGUAGAGCGAUUCAGUGACCCCCAUGUGGAUCCACAUGCGGUGCGGCUGCUGACGCUGGUGCGCAAUUUGCAUGGGCGUGAUGACCAUCUCGUGUGCCUGGUGAUUCAACUGUCAUCUCGAGACAAAGCACUCCUUGUUUCAACACAAGAAAUUCCUCUGCCCAAUCUCACUGGUGCUGACUGGGAGCCUGAAGUAAAGGAGGAAGGUUGCAUCCGGUUCUGGAGCCCCGAACUGCUGCAAGAAGGCCAGUGGCACCACGUGGUCAUCGUGCUCAAUAGAGCUGUGCUCAAGAACAGCUCCGUCUCCAUUUACAUCGAUGGCCAGCAUAUGUCCACCCAGAAGAUACCGUACAUCUCACAAAACCCUGGUGGUGGUGCUGCAAAUCUGACAGUGGCCUCUUCAGUGUACGGCUUCAUUGGCACUCCCCCACAGUUCCGUCAUCCAUCGCGUCUCAUCUGGAAGCAGGGCCCAUGCCACAUGGUGGAGGAGGUGCUUUCACCCCAACUUAUUCACCAGAUCUACCUUUUGGGACCCAGUUACGUGGGCAGCUUGCAAGCCCCUGUUAUGAUUGGCACAGAGCCUCUUCCUCCUUUUCUUAGUGAAGAGAAGGUUGUGUUUGGUUUAAAUGCAACUGCAGUGUCUGUCAUGACUUUGGCCAAGAUAAGAAGAGUGUACAGUAAGACUGACUGCAAGUCAAUUGCUAAGAUGCUGGGCAUGUCAUCACACGAAAAUGCGACACCAAUCCGCAUUUUGCACAAUUCAGCAGCCCACUUGAGCGGACCGGCACGCUGUUUGGGUGGCGUUCUCAUUGGGUACUUGGGAGCACGAACCUUCAUCCCUCGACCUGUGGCUCUGACCAUUGAAAACAUUGGAGGUGUGUCUGUCCUGCUGGGGCUGGUGGCGAUGGCCCAAGAUGUCGAAGGGCUUUACGCCACUGUCAAAGCCCUGGUGUGCGUUGUGCGAAGCAAUAGAGCAGCACAACAGGAGAUGGACCGUGUCAGAGGCUAUCAGACCCUGGCUAUGCUGCUAAAGAAGAAGAGUGGACUCCUGAACAGCCACAUUCUGCACCUUGCUUUCUCGUUGGUUGGCACAGUGGACAGUGGGCGAGAAACUACAGUCAUUCCUAACAUGACUGCCUUUGAAGACCUGCUGUGCACCCUUGAGGUAUGGCGGGAUGCACCGGGGGACCUGCACAAGUCUCUCUAUGAGCACUUCUACGAGCUCAUUACAGAGUCCAGUGAGCAAAAGGCCAACCUGCGAAUCUUGCGUGACCUGGAGAUGGUGACCAAGGUGCUCAUGAUGUUGAGAGAUCCUUAUCUCAGCCCUUCAACUAUACGGCUUCUUUGCAAUCUCCUCAAGACGCUCCUUCAGAACACAAACAGAAAUGGCGACAUUUUGAGGUUCGGCCAGUUUGUGGUAUCAACACUUCCAAACUCCAUGGUUUCUGAAAAGCCACUUAAUUUGAAGAGGGACUUGGAGGCUUCAGAAAAUGCACCUCCAAUGGAUGAGACUGCACUCCUGAUACAUCAUGUGUGCCUGAGAAACCGUUGCCUGCACAUCUUGCACCUGAUGACUUAUCACGGUUCAAAAAAUGUUAAUGUUCCGUUCUGCGAGGAAAUAGCUCGAGUUCUAGGCAUGGACUGGCUAAUGCUUUUCAUGCAGAGCCAUUUACACCCAACCACAGUGGUGCUAGCUUUGCAGUGCCUCACAGUGUUUCUCAGCUGUCCAAGCUUGAUGCAGCGCUUUCGUGAGGCUUCUCACAAUGGCGGCUGGCUCACCGAGACUGACCUUGUGCUCCAGAAUAGAACCACGGUUCUGCUGGGAUUUAAUGUGUCUACAGCCAACAACAAAGGCAGUGGUAGCCAGUCAAUCAGGAUAGAGGCAUACCAAGUGCCGGGUUUCCAGCAACUCCAGUGGCUCAUGUGUCAGCAUGUCACAGUACCAGACAUCUUUUUCCUUCUUUUGGCCAUGCUCAUGGGACGCCCCGUCAGUCGCAUUCCAUGUGGCCUGCAGUUCUCACUGGACAACAUUUGGACAUUCCUGUUUGGCAAGCCGCCUGGUCAUUGCGUUAUGGCACUAGGGGACAUCAACAUUGAGCUUGUCGUUGUCCUGUUAGCCAUGGUGCGAUGCAUUCUCAGCCAGCCACGUGCAGAGAACAUGACAGGUGUGGACGACCAUCCUGUGGUGCUCAUCCAGUUUCUCAUGUACCUUUACAACAACCGGCUAGAUUUUAUGAAUAUGUGCAUGAGCUCAGACAUUCUGUGCGCCUUGUCAGCCACCCUGUUUCCAUUUGCGAAUGGCUUGAGCGAAGUUGCAUCUCCAGCAGAUGAUUUUCAGAUAAUCUCAAACCCUAAAGGUUCCGAGUCUAAUGCAGGUUUGUCGAAGCACGCAGCACGGAAAUACAUCAUGAACUUCCUCAGAGUCAUUGUUGUCGACAGUCUUUCCCUGGCUUUUCCUACAAAACAGGCUCCGGUCAUUGACCUGGUUUUGGAAGCCUUUCCAAGCCAUGCAACCUUGAGUCAGCAGAAAGAAUAUGUGACGGAAAUCCUGUCAUCACUCAGAGAGCACUUGUUGGCAGCUGAUGUGCUGCUGAAUGACCAGGCAGCCUUACCUAUUACAGCUGGUGGCAAAUACUCGAACAUUCCUCCUAAUAUUUUCUACCUGACGUCUUGCUUUGUUGAUAAGCUCUGGCAAGGGGUUUAUACCAGGGAUCCCCAUGAAAUUUUGGAUUUUAUCAUUAAACUUCUUGGCCAGGUCAAACGAAAAGGCAUGCAUGUGCAAACUGAGAAUGUUUAUAGAAGUCUCAACAGGACCCUAUUGUUCAUUCUUUCAAGGCCUACAGAAUGUGUUGCAGAUCAAAUGACAAAGCUUGAGUGCCUCCAGAAGAUGAUUAUACACAGGACGCUCAUGCUGGUCGCAGCAAACUCUGAGGCUGAAUUUAUUCCCUGCCUGUGCUAUUGUCUUCUACAGCUUACUGCUGAUGCUCAAAUCAGUAUGGAGACGGUGCGUCGGACCACCUGGCACAUCAAUCCUGCAUCUUUCUCGGACCGCUCAAGAAAUGCUGCUGAUAACAAAAAUUUGAGCUCAUCUGAAGAAGGACACCUGUUGGUCGCAUCAGCAGCCUGCAAAGUGUGGGAAAUAGUGUACCUCUCUAAGAGACAGUCCCUGGAAGAGUUAUGCAAGGUGGCACUGCCCGUAGCCGAGGGCAGCACAGGAGGCCAGAUACCUGAUCUGCAGAGCCUGUGGGAAGUUCUGCAUGAGCCACUAUGCCGUGCUUGGACCAAUUUUUUGGAUCUUGAGCGCAAGAGUGGCUACACGCGAGAAGUCAUGCAGACGCAGAUGCAGACUGUCAGCCAGAAACUUCAAAAAGUGACUGGUGGACUCUCAAGGCUUGCGAGCCGAAAGAUCAAGAGGGAGCAAGCUCCCAAGGUGCCUCUGAGCACCAUGACUAGCCAGGAGGUGGAAAUGUGGACACAAGUUCACGUUUCCAUUGUACAAGAGCUCGUCGACUUGCAAUUAAAGCGUCAUCAGCAGAGUCAACAGCAUCUUCUGAAGGAUGUCUUUGAGGACUGGCUGCAGACCGAGUCAGAGCUGACUCAGGAGCGGGGUCUGUGGGGCCCAGUAGAGGGAUCUGCUUUAGACAAGUGGAUGCUUGACAUGACUGAAGCUGGGCCAUGUCGUAUGCGCAAGAAGAUGGUGAAGAAUGACCUAUUCUAUCUACAUUAUCCAUAUCGACCUGAUGUGGAAGGAGGGGAGAAUCGUGCCUUGAAGUACAAGGUUGCCACGAGCUUCGAUAGCAAGGAGUACUACAAGCAUUGCCGGCCAGACAGCCUUGUAGAGCAUGACACUUUUUCCCCCGAUGUCAUUUCUAUCACAUCUGAUGACUGGCCUCAGGAAGGGGACAGCACUGAGGAGCGAGAAAUAGGUUUUCAAGGCCUGCGCACUAGACUGCAGGCAAAUCGCAGUGUCAGUGGUGAACAGGACGAGGACAGUGAAAGCCAGGACCCUACGUUGGACGCUUCAGAGCAGGAAGGUGCUGCUCGUAAAGAUGAAUCACCAGACAACCAGAGCGUGCUUCGCCUUUUAGAAAAGGGUGAAAAGAUCACUCACAUGUUCCGGUGUGCACGGGUGCAAGGCCUUGACACAUGUGAAGGCCUAUUGCUGUUUGGGAAAGAGCACUUUUAUGUUGUGGAUGGCUUCACAUUAUUGAAGACCAGAGAAAUUCGAGACAUCGACUCACUGCCAGCCAACAUGCACGACCCCAUUAUUCCUAACUCUUCCCCAAGGAGCAAGCACCAGAAGAGAAUGUGCAGUAAAUUUUCAUAUGAUGACAUACGUGAGGUGCACAAGCGACGAUACCUUCUGCAGCCAAUAGCCCUGGAAGUUUUCUCAGCUGAUGGGCGCAACUACCUGCUGGUGUUUCCACGCAAAGUCCGCAACAAGGUCUACACUCGUUUCUUGUCAGCAGCCACUGCAAUAACUGACAGCGCCCAGGAGUCCUUGGCAGGUCAACGCAGAGGCGCCAAUGUAGAGUCUGGAGGACUCGCAUCAUGGGCGGCACAUACACGUUUGGUUGUCGAAGGGGCAAGUCUGCUUAGCAACCUCAUAGGAGAGACGUCAGUAACACAGCGAUGGCUGAGGGGCGAGAUCAGCAAUUUCCAGUACCUGAUGCAUUUGAACACACUGGCAGGCAGGUCAUACAAUGAUCUAAUGCAAUACCCAGUCUUUCCUUGGGUUCUCGCUGACUAUGAUUCAGAAGAACUAGAUCUGAAUGAUUCAGCAACUUUCCGCGACUUCAGCAAACCAAUGGGUGCUCAGACAAGUGAUCGUCUCGAACAGUUCAAAAAGCGUUACCGCGAAUGGGAUGACCCUCAUGGAGAGACCCCGCCCUAUCAUUAUGGUACUUUUUAUUCAUCUGCAAUGAUCGUGGCCUCCUACCUUGUUCGGAUGGAACCCUUCACCCAACAUUUUCUGAGACUACAGGGGGGCCACUUUGACCUGGCAGACCGCAUGUUUCACAGCGUGAAAGAUGCUUGGCUUUCUGCCUCGAAGCACAACAUGGCUGAUGUCAAGGAACUCAUUCCCGAGUUCUUCUAUUUGCCUGAGUUCCUUUUGAACAGCAAUCGUUUUGACCUGGGCUGCAAGCAGAACGGAGUUCAACUCGACAACAUAGUGCUUCCACCUUGGGCAAAGGGAGACCCUCGAGAAUUCAUACGAGUGCACCGGAUGGCUCUGGAGAGCGAUUUUGUCAGUGCACACUUGCACGAGUGGAUUGACCUCAUCUUUGGCUACAAGCAACAGGGCCAGCCGGCAGUAGAGGCCGUCAAUGUCUUCCACCACCUCUUCUACGAGGGCAAUGUUGACAUUUACAGCAUUGAUGACCCACUGAAGAAGAAUGCCACCAUUGGUUUCAUCAACAACUUUGGCCAAAUUCCUAAACAGCUUUUUAAGAAACCCCAUCCAUGCAAGAAACUGACCAAUAGAACCAGCGUGGUGGACCCAGGACCUAUAAUGCCUGGCUUGAGCUAUUGCCAUGACAAGUUGUUUUUUCAUAACUUAGACAACCUUAAGCCAUCCCUACACCCACUCAAAGAGCUAAAAGGCCCUGUCGGUCAGAUAAUACAACAUGAGAAGACGGUGCUGGCAGUGGAACAAAACAAGGGACUCAUUGGACCCCUUUACAACCGAUACGUAGCCUGGGGAUUUGCUGAUUACAGCAUUCGUAUGGGCCCUUAUGAAAGCGAGCGCUGCAACUUUGUCUGGGAAGAUGUCCCAUCUGGAGAAAUCCUUUGUUGUGCCUGCCCAGACAGCAAAAUCAUUAUCACAGCAGGCACGAGCUCGGUGGUGACAGUGUGGCAGUUUGACAAAAAGAAAUUGACAUUGAAGCAGAACCUUCACGGCCACACAGAGGCAGUCACUUGCCUAGCAGCAUCGCGGCCAUACAAUUUGAUUGUCAGUGGCUCUCGGGACUACACCUGUAUAUUGUGGGACCUUAGCCGCCUUGUCUUUGUACGCCAGCUUCGAGGCCAUACUGCUCCAAUUGCUGCUGUGGCCAUCAAUGACCUUACGGGAGACUUGGCAACCUGUGCUGGCACACACAUUAGUCUGUGGACCAUCAAUGGGCAAGAGGUGGCCAGUGUGAACACCGCCACUGGUCGCAGUGACCGCCUGCAACAGAUACUUUGUGUCUGCUUCUCACAGCUAAAUGAAUGGGACAACCAGAAUGUCAUUAUGACAGGCUCCAGUGAUGGUGUUGUCAGGAUGUGGUCUGCUGACUAUGUGCAAAUCCCCAUAGAGGGUAAAAAGCAAGCCCAAAACAGCACAGCCAUAACACCAGCUGUUGUCGAAGAGCCCAGUGUAGCCACAACCCCUGAGAAGUCUUCCUCCCCUCCACCUGCACAGUCAGCCCCACAACAGGAAACGAUGGCUGAGAGGAUAGUUCGCAAGCUCAGCGCAGUUGAUACUGAUGAUGUGGACAGUUUUCGAACUCAGCACACUUCUGCUGCCGUGCUCAUUAAGUGUGGCUCAGACAGCUCACUCUCGGAGGAUGAUGACUCUGUGAAGAGCUAUGGUCGAGGUGCUACCUCCCCACUCUCUGGCAGCAGUGGAGAGAGUGGCUGGAGGCGCUCUUCCCAGGACCGCCGGCCUUCCCUGCUGCAGCAUUCAAAGACAGUGGUGGGUCUUCUGAACACCCAGCAGCAGUCCAAGGCAGCUGCUGAAGCUGAGACUCAGGUAACCAAGUCAACUUUGGCUAUUCCUGAGGAUACAAGAAGCACCGGAGGAUGCACAACUGAAGAUUCCAAAGGGGCUGCGCUUCGCAUUAGCAAGUCGGAGAACUCACUGACUGACACCUUUGUAAUGAUAAAUGAGACUGAUGCACUUGACGCAAACAAGAGCAUUGAAGUCCGCAAGCUUAGGCGAAGGAGAAACAUAUUGCGAGAAGGUUUUAAGUGGUCAUGCCAACUCGUGUUUAGAAGUAAAUUGACCAUGCACACUGCAUUUGAUAGAAAGGACAACAACGAGCCUGCAGCCGUAACUGCUCUGGCUGUGUCCAAGGAUCACAAGACGGUGUAUGUGGGUGAUGCAAGGGGGCGAGUGUUCACUUGGAGUGUGACUGAGCAUCCUGGCCGAGCCAUGGCUGAUCACUGGGUGCGAGACGAAGGUGGUGACAGCUGCCUGUCCUGCGGGGUGCGGUUCUCUUUCGCAGAAAGGCGUCAUCACUGCCGAAACUGUGGCCAGCUCUUUUGCUCCAGGUGCAGUCGCUUUGAAUCUGAGAUCAGCCGCCUGAGGAUACUCAAGCCAGUGCGCGUCUGCCAAACCUGCUUCAACUCGCUGAAGCCCCCUGGGGAAACCUAGGGGCGGGACGCAGCCUUUUCUAGUCAGACAUAUCCCUGGACAUUCCAUAGCUGCUGUAAAAACUCAGUGAGCUCCUGUUUUUCCCCUGACGGUGUGCUGUAUAUAGCGUGCAUGUAAAUAUUGUCCUGUGACGAGUGGUUUUUAAGUGUGUACAUUAGUGGCGGGCCCAUCCCACCAUGCCGCCAUGUAGCCACGCUUCACAGGUGUCUAAAUGAAUAAAAAAAAAUAGCACCAGUCAGAUGACUAUAGUUGCUAGGCUUUUUGUCACUACCAUGUGUUAUAGCAGGUUGUGUACCACCAAGUAUAUUAUAUAUAAAUAUAUAUAAAAUCCCAGAGUACUCUAAGAGCUGAGCAAUACAUUCAUCUGCUAUUUCUUGACCUUUAGAUGCCCAGGUUGUAUUUGAUUAGUUGGUAGCCUGAUAUGCGUGGCUAUGCUUGUGCUAGGGUCUGGAAUAGUGCCUACUCUCUCUGCUAUGUGAGUGUUGUCUGUAAUGUUUUCACCGCUAAGCAUUGCAAGGGAAUGCACUCUGAAGCACAGAAUUAAAGGCUCCAGUUAUGAAAUGCUGCAGGUCACAAAUCUGUUUGUUAAAAGAUUGUUGGUGUGGAAUGAACCCCACAUUGUCAAGGAAGCAGAGUGUGAAAACUGUGAAAUGGAGGGCAAGCACUGUUUCAAUAUAUGACAUGGUCCUGCACACAAGCCAUUCGUAUGUCAUUUGGCAACCAGUGCAUGGAAUGGGUGUCAAUUAUCAGCAUGGCAGCCUCUGAGAUGCUUUUUUUUUUUAAGUGAACCUGUUAGUCAUAAUACAACCCAUAGCAUACACAAGUUGUUUUUAUUAAUCUUGUUCUUUAACUGAAUGGAAGGAAUGCAUGGCAUGACAGGUCAACCCUGUGAUUAAGUUCUUACGUAUGUGCCUGUAGGCCAUGGAUGGGCAAGUUGAUUGUUAUUAAAAUGCAGCUAUGUUUUAAACACA